AUGGCCAACUUCCUCAAGCUCUCCACCAUUCUCUCCCUUAUGGUUUCGGCUUUGCUUCUAGCUUCGCAAUACCCUACGGCAUUCUCGUCUGAGUUCGAGGACGAAGACGAUGACGAAUUGGAGGAGUACGUGCUCGAUGCCCCCAACCCGAACUUCAGACUUAGAGGCAGGUUCUUUGUCAGCAUUAUCAAGAAAGGUGCACACUGCGACGCUGUCAAGUACAACAUCUGCAAUGGGGUUCGGGCAAACAACGGGACGAGCAUACUCAACUGCUGCAAGACUCAUUGUCGUAACAUUCUCGGAGACAGGAAUAACUGCGGGAAGUGCGGGAACAAGUGCAAGUUUGCACAGCGUUGCUGCAAUGGAAAGUGUACUAAUGUCGCUUACAAUCCCAAACACUGUGGCAAAUGUACUAGGAAGUGCUCUGCUGGAGUGAAAUGUGAGUAUGGAUACUGUGGGUAUGCCUAA